AUGAAAGAAAUAUUUAUAUCAAGUAUUUAUAAUCCAUGCGAUAUACAAAAUCAAACGAAUAUUGAACAACCAAAUUUUAUAUCACCAAAUGAUAUUGCACAACAAAAAAAUUAUUCUUUUAACGAUUCUGAGUCGUACGAAGAAAAAAUAAAUAAUAAUGACUCUAUUGUCAAUAAAACCAAUAUUGGAGCCAAUAAUUGUGGCCACUGUGAAUUUAAUGAAAUAUGCAUAUUUUUAUCACGACAAACAUUAGCAAAAUGUGUUCAAAUUAAGGAUGCCAAUGAUCCUACGGGAUGUGGUGGAAUUUGUGCGUUAGAAACUGAAUAUUGCAGAGAGGUGAUGAAAGGAUCCAAUGUUUUUGAAUGUGUAGAAAUUAGGAAAACAUUUUCUCCUCAAUGCGAAAUUGCAGACAAUGAAUUUAAUUGUGGAGAAAUUUGCUUGGAGAAAAGUAAAAUUUGUGAUGGAGUCAUAAAUUGUGUGGAUCGGAGUGAUGAAAUUGAUUGUGAGUGUAAUGAAAAAACUCAUUUUAAAUGUGGUGAUAAAUUAUCCUGUUUUCCAAUUACAUUUAAGUGUAAUGGUAUUGUUGAUUGUUGGGAUGCAAAAGAUGAAAUAUCAUGCAAUAAUGGAUGCCUACAUCAGAAUGAUGAAGAAUCCAUGGAUUCAUUUCCAUGUUUUAAUGGUAGUAAUUGCAUAUCUAUACAAAAAUUUUGUGAUGGAAAUAUUGACUGUUCCGAUGAAUCAGACGAGCCAAUUGGUUGUAGAUAA